AUGGAUUUUAGUUGAUGGCUGACUCACUGCACUGAGCUGCACCAACUCUGCUCUACCUCCACAAAGGGACAAAGACAGAGAAUUAGCUGGAGAUGGCCAUGGUGUAACUUCUAAGCAUGAUUUGUUCCUUAGAUUUACCUAAGCUUCGAAAGGUUUGCUUUAAGAAACAGUACUCCCUUCAGAAUAGAAGACUUUAUCUGCCUCCUAUUUGAUGGGGUUCAGAGCUCAGAUGGCUAACUAAAUAAACAUGGGGGAUUGGAAUCUCCUUGGAGAUACUCUGGAGGAAGUUCAUAUCCACUCCACCAUGAUUGGAAAGAUCUGGCUCACCAUCCUGUUCAUAUUUCGAAUGCUUGUUCUGGGUGUAGCAGCUGAAGAUGUCUGGAACGAUGAGCAGUCUGGCUUCAUCUGCAAUACUGAACAACCUGGCUGCAGAAACGUAUGCUAUGACCAGGCCUUUCCCAUCUCCCUCAUUAGAUACUGGGUUCUGCAGGUGAUAUUUGUGUCUUCACCAUCUCUGGUCUACAUGGGCCAUGCUUUGUACAGACUCAGAGUUCUAGAGGAAGAAAGGCAGAGGAUGAAAGCUCAAUUAAGAGGAGAAUUGGAGGGAGUAGAGUUUGAAAUGUCUGGGGAUCGGAGGAGAUUGGAGCAAGAGCUUUGUCAGCUAGAGAAAAGGAAACUAAAUAAAGCUCCGCUCAGAGGAACCUUGCUUUGCACUUACGUGACACACAUUUUCACUCGAUCUGUGGUUGAAGUUGGGUUCAUGAUUGGACAGUACCUUUUAUAUGGAUUUCACUUAGAUCCUUUAUUUAAAUGCCAUGGCCACCCGUGUCCAAACAUAAUUGAUUGUUUUGUCUCAAGACCAACAGAGAAGACAAUAUUCCUAUUAUUUAUGCAAUCUAUAGCGACUAUUUCACUUCUUUUGAACAUUUUAGAAAUUUUCCAUCUAGGUUUUAAAAAGAUUAAAAGAGGGCUUUGGGGGAAAUAUAAAUUGAAGGAUGAUCAUAACAAAUUCUAUGCAAAUAAGUCAGAACAAAAUCUAGCCAAAUACCAGAACACAGCUGCAAAUUCACUAAAGCGAUUUCCUUCUGCACCCAAUUAUAAUCUUUUAGUGGAAAAGCAAACACACACAGCAGAGUAUCCUAGUUUAAAUUCACCUUCUGUAUUUCAGGCAAAUCUUGACAAUCACAAUAUGAAAAAGAAAUACAGUUUGGAUGAACAGGAAACUGAACUUUCUAAUGAGAUUUACACACUUAGUACUACCUGUAGUCAUCUUCAACCCAUUGGCUCAAAUAAUAAUAAAGAUACUCAUAAAAUUUUUGGAAAAGAAGUUAAUGAUAGCCAGUUAAGGGAAAAAACAGAAAUUGAUGGCAAAGACAGUAAAAGGAACUCUAGAGGUCACUGUUUUAUUCCAGGUGUUGCUAUAGAUUUGGAUGGCCACAUAGGUCAAUUGCCCCACACAGCUUUCUCAAUGUCAGCUACCAGCACUUGGAAACCAAGGUGGCUUAGUGCUGCCUGGGGUCCCUCUACAGAAGAUGAAAACCGGGGGUCACCUUCUAAAGGUAACCUUAAGGGUCAGUUUGGAGAGGACACAAUUGGAACCCUUCCUCCUUCACAAGGAGACUUGUGUCAAUCACUUGACAUUCAAAACAUUCCUGAUUCUUCGGGAGAGUUGUCCUUUGAGCCUGAGUUUGUCAGAACCUGCAAUAAUCCUACUGUUAGUUCUUCAAAUCAUACAGCAUCCCUGAUGAACAAUUUCAAUGUUAGGCGGGUUCCCACAGACCUUCAGAUCUGA